GGGGCAAUAAUUCCGAGUGCAUUUCUGUCGCCUGUGUCGGUGGAUUUAAAUGACUUUCCUUCUUUACUUAAAUUAGUUUAUCCGAUAAGACCCGAGAACCGUAGCGGCGGUGUAAUUAAACCGAGCCUGGGUGUUGUUAUGUGAAUGGAUAAAGACGUUACCGCCUGCGGGUUAUUGGUGUCGAUAUGAAUAUGGCGAUGCUGGAGAAAAGUCCGCUAUCGGAUAAAAGUGAGCAUUUAUACCUGCGCUGGAGGCAGGUGGUGAGAGAACAACAAGCUCGGCUGAGUCCGAGCAAAGCGGACGCACCUGUGCUGAACAAACACAGCUCGCUGAUUAGGAAGAAAAGCUCGGAGGUGAUUGCAUCAGCAGAGCAGCCAUGUGAAACCAUCAGCUGUCUCAUCUCGGACACCAGGCCCAAGGUUUGUGCGCAAAAUGUAUCCUGUGCUGGUCAUGCAGUCAGGAACGCUUUUUUGUCUAAUGGACAAGAAAACUGGAAAGCCCAUGUGAAACUAGCCAGAAUCAUCAAAAGGAGUUUUAUAGGACAGGAACUUGUGCAGUGGCUGACACAGCAGUGUUCGUUUGUUGAAAACAGAAAUGUUGCUGCUAAAGUCUGGAAUGUUUUGCUGGAGCUGGGCAUCCUGCUUUCAGUGGAAAGGCAGAAGGUGUUUGAAGACUCUGAAACAUUGUACCAGUUCUCCUUUGAGGAAUGUGAAGCCCAAAGUUGUGAAUUUAGAAAUCAGAGCCAGUGGCAAAGUGGAGUGAAUCUUCUCUUGCGUGUAGCGCCUCGUACUCGGCUCCAUGUGGCCACCCCAAAACCAUGUGAGGGAGAGCCCAAAACAAGUACAAAUGCUUGUAGUCCAACAGAUGUUGUUCAAAUGAGAGCUCUGGAGAUGCUCACAUCAAAGGUGCAGAAUGAGCUGACUGCAGCACUGGCUCGAAAAAGAAGGUGCAAAUCGAUGGUUGAGGAUGCUCACCAGGAGCACUCUGUUGACGUCCCACAAUACACAUUGUCUUCCAGUGAUCAAAAGCAGGGCCCCGGGACCAGAUUACGCAACAGAGAGGACAUGAGUCGCAUGGAGAUGGUCCAGCGAAUAGCCAAGGACGGAUGCCGGCUCCUCCACAGCCCGCUUAAACCCACCGAACGUCCAGCUGAGCCCCUCGGUGACGCAGCAGUCCGUGUGUGUGUGAGAGAAAGAAGCCGAGAGAUGCUGCUGCUUCAGAGAACUACGUCAGAGCAAGCACCCUCCUCCUCUCCCCACUCCUCCCUUGCCAGGAGGUACGCCAGCGUCCCCGCCGGCCCCGAGAAGGUUCUGGAACACCUGCUGAGCCACCUGACGUUGGACGAGGACAGCGGGAGCCCUCAAGCAAGAGAGACAGACAGUCUCCUUGAUGACUUUUUGCUGACUUAUCCAGUGUUCAUGUCUACCAGCGACCUUUGCCAAGCACUUCUAGGACACUAUUGUUUGAAACGAGGCAGGAUGAAGGAAGAAGGGAAGGAGACUCUUUUGAGGAAGCGCAAAGUCCUGCACCUGCUUUCCCAGUGGAUUGUGCUCUGUCGUAACACCCUGCAGGAGGGAGAAAACACCAAACUAUUUCUGAAGAUGCUGUAUCGCUACGUUCUGGAUGACCUUUAUGAAUACCCAACUCUGGAGAAAGAUGUGAAUGAACUCCAGAAACUUCUCCGCAUGCAACGCAGACACACGGUGGAUGAGUAUUCUCCACAGAGGAAGAAUAAAGCGCUUUUCCACCAGCUGAGCCUGAAAGAGAGCUGGCAGCCAACGCGAAUGGCCCAGAGCCAGAGUAAGGAAGUUCUGUGUCAUGUGUAUGUGACCAUGGACUCGUAUGUGAGUGUGAGGACACACAGUGAGGUAACGGCACAGGAGCUGCUGGCUGCAGUAGCUGAGAGAUUAGAGUGUGCGGACGAUGACAUGGUGCUGCUGGCCGUCACCUACACCAGAGGGAAGGUGCUGCUCCAGCCACAGCAGUGUGUGUACUCGGACUCCCUCGGUGCCGUCAGCAGGUUGUGCGUGUUCAGGAGAGACCUGACGGAGAUCACAAGCCUCGUCACAGAUAACGGACAGAUGCAACAGCCAACAGUCAGGAUGCUGAGCAUGAACACGUGGGACAUAGCCAUGGCUCUCACCAACUGUGACUGGAGUCUCUUCAGAAAUCUGGAGGAGAAAGAACUGGUUUAUUUCACCCUGAGCCGCGAUUCUUGCUCCGGCCACACAGUGGCGCUGGAGCUGCUGCUGCAGCGCUGCAACGAGGUGCAACAGUGGGUGAUGACCGAAGUACUGCUGUGCCCAAUGCUCUGCAAACGUGUGCAGCUAUUUAAGAAGUUCAUCAAGAUCGCAGCUCACUGUAAAGCACAGAGGAACCUGAACUCAUUUUUUGCUAUUAUAAUGGGUUUGAACACUCCAGCCGUCAGCCGAUUGACUCAAACAUGGGAGAAAGUUCCUGGGAAAUUCAAAAAGUUGUUCUCCGAGCUUGAGAGCUUGACAGACCCAUCCUUUAACCACAAAGCCUACAGGGAGGUCUUCAAGAAGAUGAAAUCUCCCAAAAUCCCGUUCCUACCUCUACUACUGAAAGACAUAACAUUCAUUCACGAAGGAAACAAGACCUUUCUUGAUAACAUGGUUAACUUCGAUAAACUGCACAUGAUGGCAGACCUGGCGCGGGUCAUAAGGCAUUGUCAGACGGAUCACGUGGGGAACAUGCUAACCCAGAAAGAGAGUCCCGAUGUCAAAGCCUACAUCAACUAUCUGCACAUCAUCGACAAUCAACAGACUCUGUUUGAGCUUUCACACAGACUGGAGACAAAGGUCUAGGGUGUGUGUAUGUGUGUGUGUGUGUUAAUUAAUCUGGUUCAGUGACUAACGAGACAACAGCUGAUGCCAUCAACCCUCUGACAUCAUCCAGACACUAAAAAGGAGUCCACAACAUGGACAGCCACGAAGAGACUGAGCCUCACGAGAGAGAAUCACGAGGAGUCAAGAACCUUUUGACUUUUUACAAAUGCAUACAUGUCGAACUGACGACAUGUCGAACUGUCCAAACUGACGAAUCUACUAUAGGAUUAACCUAGCCUGAGACAAAAGGGUAUUACAAACCAGAUGAUGCUGUAUGAUGGAGAAAAGUAGUGUCUUAUUAACAAACCUGAACUCAAAUCAUAGGUAGAAAUGUUGACCUGCGCUAACAUAAUGGUUGUGCAGAAAUGCAUGAUGCUUUGCAGUGACAACAAUUAACUAUUUCCAGCCUGAGACAAUCAGAAAAAAAAAUUAAAAGACAAUAAUCUUUGCUGCAUCCAGAUUAUUUUUAGGAUUCAGCAAUAGUAGCCGCAGAAGUACCCAGUUUGAAUGUACUGUAGUUCAGCUCCAGGAGUUGCCUGGUAGUGACAUCCAGGCAAAAACAAAACAAGAACAUUCAGUAGACAUUUUGAUUGUUUGUAUGUAAUGAGAUACAUUAAAAAAAUUUAGCAUAAUGGUUUGAGUCAUCACGCAUCAGGGUUACACUGUGAGAGCAGAGGAAAAAUUACAUGAAGCACAUUUAUUUAUAGACUUCUUGCAACUGAGAUGUGCAUUUACAUCUUUGACAUAGCAGGAGCACUGAUUAGUUCAGUGUUAAUUGGUAUAUUGAGCAGGAAGAGGAAGGGCAGAAGGAGGAAAGUCUUCACUUCAGAAAUGAAGUGUGUUAGAUGUGUUUGAAACUACAUACUGGUCUGUAUGAUUUGGCAGUGCCGCUGAGUGACCAGUACUAAAUGUGCAUGGUAAAUAAAUGUGUAAACAAUGUAAAUACAUUAAAUAUUUUUUUUUCUACAA